AGUUAAUGAUGAACUUUAGGGACCCAUAUUGCUAGUGCUAACUUCUUUAAAUGGAAUCCUUUGGGAAAAAGCAAAUGUCUCAACUAACCAUAUUGCUAAAGAUGGACAAACAAAAAUAAAAGAUACCUGAGCCAUGGGGAGAAAAAAAUAGAGGCAAUAUGAUUACUAUAUUUCAAUUAUGUGAUAAAUGGACCCCAAUUUCCUGUCAUCAUGAACCUAUGCCAUCAUAAAUCAAUCAGGCAAGUCAGGACCAUUCAAUCAAAACUAGGCAACUAAAUUUUUUUAGUUCUUUUUUAAAGAUUUACCAAAUAUUUUUAAUCGAAUGAUCCUGACUUGAAGAUUUUACGAGUGCACAGAUUCCCUUAUUGUUGGGGAACUCGGGGGAGAAUCAGGAAUAUCAACAUGCUAAUGACCAGACACCGAGAGUUUUGGACACCACAUCUCCCAUAUGUGUUGAAUGAGUUCACACAUGGAAAGCAAGAAAAAGUGAGCAAGACUGAGUUCAAAGAGGUUCUUUUAGACAUUUUAUUGGGUAUGGCUGCUGGACUGAAGCGAGACCCGAUUGUUAUACUCCGCAUGGACGGCGAAGAUCUCCUUGAAUUUGUUAAUGGUCCUAGUUAUGAUGCAGAAAUGACAACCAUAUUCUCUCAGAUUGAAAACUCUAGUACAUCGCUUCGUGAACAUGUAAUUGAAGCUUUUGGAAGACUCAAUGUUGAUCGAGGAAUUCCCCCUAUAUCGGAUUCGUGGGUUUUUAACAACAUUGUGGAUCCGGCACUGUUGUCUCAAGCUUUGGAUAGACCUGUUACUGAUCAAGAGACUUUUUUGGAAGAAUUCAAGAAAGUGGCAUUGAGUGUGGUUGAUUGUCUUAAAGAGAAACCUGUCAUUGUAGCACACAGUGAAAACACCUUUGAUGGAAGUGGUGUCAAGAGACUCUUAUCCAACAAGUUUGAAUUAGACAAGACACUGAACACAGCUUUAGGGAAUCUGCCAAAAGAUCGAAACGGGAAAAUAACAAAGGACUAUUUGCGGGUGGCACUAGAUGUAGUGUCUCCGUCUGCUGGUUUACCUCCAGUUGGUGCAAUUGAAGAGAUGGAUAAGGUUAUUAGCGAAGCCUUUAACAUGGGGAAUAACGAAGAAGACAAGAAGACGAUGAUUAAAGAAGAAGAAUUCAAGAAAAUUUUAACUGAAAUAUUGGGGAGUAUCAUGUUGCAGUUAGAAGGAAGUCCCAUUGCUGUUUCUUCAAAUUCAGUUGUGCAUGAACCUUUAAGCUCUUCUACACUUUUGCAGCAAUAUUAAUUUUAGUUCUAGUGAAACAGCAUAUAUAACUGAUCAAGUAUAUGGCUGCUUGAAAACUAAGUGCAAUAUUUUAUUUUUAUUUAUGCAAAUUGUUACCUGCAUGAUACUACUUCUUAUCAAUAUUGUUCUAUUUUUAUGAUUUUUCACUUCUAAUGGUAA